UCACUGGAGGAUCUGCGAGGUCUUGGUUGGAGGGACGGACGGGGAACUGGCCAUUACUAGGGAAAUGGUUUCUCUAUCACUUCCUAAACUCAUCCAUGCCAUUCCCUGUGAUCUCCACUGCUUGUUUAUUCUGAGCUGCUCAAACCAUGACCAUCACCACUCCUGGGAUUUAUUGAAUUUUCCCUGUAUAGAAUCACACAGUGGAGCUCUGCUUUCACCAUUCUUGGCCCUUUCUCAAGAGCACCUGAAAAUGAAUAAGCCCCAGAGGUCAGUUUCAUUCAAGGACCUGACUGUGAACUUCACCCAUGAAGAGUGGCAACAGCUGGACUCUGACCAGCGGCUCCUGUACAGGGAUGUGAUGUUGGAGAAGUACAGCAACCUCAUCUCAGUGGGGUUUCAUGUUAGCAAACCAGAUGUGAUCUUCAAAUUGGAGCAAGGAGAAGAACCAUGGAUAGUGGAGGAAAUCUCAAAGGAGAGCUACACAGAAGAUGAUGAUGCCUCAGAGAAGGACAAGGAAAUUCAAGACAAACAUUUAAGACAAAAUGCAUCCUUCAACAGCAAAACACUCAUUACAGAAAGAAUGAAUGCAUUUGGAAAAACGUAUACUCUUGGCAUGAAUCUUGUUCCCUCAAGAAAAAUACCCUACAAAUGUGAUCCAGGUGGAAACAGUUUGAAAACUAAUUCAGAAGUAAUUGUGGCAAAGAAAAGUGAAGAAAAUGAAAAGGUUCCUGAUGAACACAGUGGAUGUCAGAAGGCCCUACUUCAUGCUAAGCAUGUGAAAAGUCAUUCUGGAGUGAAAAAAUGCAACUAUAAUCAAGCAAUAGAAGCUGGCAGUCAAGAGGAAGAUCUUAUUUUGCACCAGAACAUUCAGACUUUGAAACAACCUUUUGACCAUAAUAAAUGUGGGAAACCCUUCUUCAGCAGGGUAUUCCUGUGUGCCCAGAAGAGGGAAUGUGCUGAAAAGAAGCUAAAUGAAUGUGACGAAUGCAGGAAGACCUUUUCUAAGAGGUCCACCCUCAUUGUCCAUCAGAGAAUUCACACAGGAGAGAGACCUUAUGUUUGUGACGAUUGUAGGAAAACCUUCCAUGUGAAGACCAGCCUCACUCGAUACCAAAGAAUUCAUACUGGAGAGAGACCCUAUGAAUGCAGCGAAUGUGGGAAAGCCUUCAUUGACAAAUCUGCCCUCAUUGUACAUCAGAAAAUUCACAGAGGGGAGAAAUCCUAUGAGUGUAAUGAAUGUGGAAAGACCUUUUUUCGGAAGUCAGCCCUCGCUGAGCAUUUCAGGUCACACACGGGAGAGAAACCUUAUAAAUGCGAGGAAUGUGGGAAUGCCUUUGGCAAGAAGUCUUACCUCAUGGUACAUCAAAGAACUCACAGAGGAGAGAAGCCAAACGAGUGUAAGGAAUGUGGGAAAACCUUCUUCUGUCAGUCAGCGCUCACUGCACAUCAGAGAAUUCACACGGGAGAAAAACCCUAUGAAUGUAGUGAAUGUGAGAAAACCUUCUUCUGCCAGUCAGCCCUCAACGUGCAUCGAAGAAGUCACACAGGGGAGAAGCCCUAUGAAUGCAGUCAGUGUGGAAAAUUUUUAUGCACUAAAUCAGCCCUCAUGGCCCAUCAGGUAAUUCACAGAGGAAAGAAGUCUUAUGAAUGCAAUGAAUGUGGCAAGUUUCUCUGCCAUAAAUCAACACUCACUAUACAUCAGAGAACCCACACAGGAGAAAAGCAGGAUGUGUUUAAUAAAUGCAGUGGAACAUCCGUGGUGAAGCCAAACUGCAGUGAAUAUAAGAGAAUGGACACAAAGGAGAAUCUGUUUGAGUGUCAUGAACACGGGCGUGCAGCCAGCAGAAGCUCACGCCUCUUUGCACAUCAGAGGACCAUGUGGGAGAGACCCUAUGCAUGUAGUGAGUGUGGGAGGACCUACUGCAGGAAGUCAGCGCUCACUCACCAUCAGAGAACCCACUUGGCGGAGAGACCCUAUGAGUGUAAUGAGUGUGGGAAAACCUUCUGCCAGAAGUUCUCCUUCACUGAACAUCAGCGAACUCACACUGGGGAGAAACCAUAUGAAUGUAGUGAAUGUGGGAAAUCCUUCUGCCAUAAGUCUGCCUUCAGAGUACACCAGAGAAUUCACAUGGGAGAAAAACCAUAUGAAUGUAAUGAGUGUGGGAAAACCUACCGUUGGCUCUGGACUCUCACUGAGCAUCAGAAAAUACACACAGGAGAAAAACCCUAUGAAUGUAACACAUGUGAGAAGACAUUCCGCCACAAAUCAAAUUUCCUUUUACAUAAGAAAACUCACAAGGAAAAAGUUCAGCAAGGCAACACAUCAAAUGAUUACAUAAAGCUAGAACUCUGA